CCCGACUGCCCGUUGGGCUAACCAGAGCUACAGCAGCCGAGUGGGUAGACCUACUGCAGUGGAAUAUGCCAAAGACCUGGAACGGUUCCGCAAGAGAUAGAAGCGAGCGCGGAGAAAUCAAAUGACUUACACUAGCUCGUAAAAAGAUAUUAGAUAUUGGAAUAGGACCUUUACGGUACCCUAGGAUAUACAGCUUAACUGAAAAGAAAGCGAUUAUCAAGACAUAGAGGCGAGAACUCAAAAACUACAAGCUUCCUCGGUGCGCUCUACUUUGGAUGUUUGAUUGUUUUCACAGAUCAAAUUAUGACCUUAUCCUCAAGGUAAAUAAGCAACCUUUCGAAUUGGCGUCAUUGAAAUGGGUGCUGCAUUCGCGAAAGUCCUGAAUAAUCUCUUCAUAGUAGAACAUGGAGAAGCGACUACAGAUUCAAACCUCAAGAAGGCUAAGAUGGUAUGUAUGCUGUCCUCAACUCGAAAAUCACCCAAACCAAAUGCUUUCUGGAGAUAUCUUGAACUUAAUAAGUCAAACGAGGUGCUAACUAAAACCAAUCUCAAAGCCGGGGCGAAGUUUAUUCACGAAUCUAGAUGUGGUCGGGAAAAUGUUGUUGUAAUAAUAGAACCAAAUAAUCAUGAAUCUGCAUUAUUUAUCGUCACAUAUUUCUACAUACUUAGUGGAUUACCGGCAAAAAUUGUUCGUAAAGCUGUAAUGAAAAUCAGAGAUAAACUGGAAGUUACAGAUGAGUUUGAUUCUAUCAUUGAGUCUAUGCAAGAUACUGUUAGUCCAAAAGAAUUAAGAGAUGAAUUAUUCAAAAAUACCUCUGGAUAUACAGAGGAACAUUUAAUUGAAGACUUAAAGAAAAUUUAUCAUUCAGCUGAAUUAGAUCCACCAACACAAUCAGAAAUUAAACUUGAAACAAAACGUGAUUUAUUAAAACGUGAUUCGUUUGCACAUCAAAAUUCAUUAAAUCAAAUGUUUAAACGUUUAUCAGUCGAUAUAACCAAACAAGAUACAACACGUAGAAUGUCUGAAGUUGACUCAAGUUUAUCAGAUAUUCGAGAGAAUUCAAUUAAUAGUUCAAAUCAACAACCAAGUCCAAAAUCACCAAUAUCUGAAAAGAAAACUGAUAAGAAAUAUAAUGAUAAUAUGAGUGGAAAUGAUAAGCAUUUGUCUAAUCAUAGCAGUGCAGUGUUAAAUGAAAUUCGACAAGAUUUGAGUAUAGUUAAUAAAUCCAAUACAAAGGAAAAUAAUAUCACUAGUAUCAAAGCUAAAGAGAUUGCUGCAGCAGAGAUAAAAGCUUUGGAUGAUUGUCUUGAUAGUAAUAUUACAAAUAAACAUAUAUCUCAAACAAUUCAUAAUAAUCAUUAUACUUAUGAGAAAGACAAGAAUGGAGAUGUAAAGAUGAGUAAUUCACCUAUUAAAAUAACUUAUGCACUUUCACAUGAAUCAACUGAAGCCGAUGCAGUUGAUGAGUAUUUAAGGAAUACUACUCCAGAGUAUCGUGAAAAAAUGCGUAAAAAAGUGAAAAUUUUACAUGCUUAUGCAAAAUUAGACAGUGGUAUUGAUAUAAUUUGAUUGAUAAAUAAACUGAAUAACAUUCAACAUGUCAAGUGAAUGCUACAUAUCUUAAGCGUAUCCCUGUUUAUGUAAUCAUGACUUUUAAUAUGGUUAGUAUUUUUAGUAUAAAGGAUAUAUAUUAUCAUUAAUUCACUAUAUUUCAUCAUUCUUUCUAUCUACUUGUUUAUCAUUAUCAGUAAUAUAUUAUAUUGAAUAUUUAAAAUUUGUUUAAAUCUUUCAAAUAACGUAUAUUCCAUCACUUUAGAGAAUGAAUUUUUGCUAUUUUUUAAUUUACGCUGCUUUUAUGAAGACUAUUUUCAUUAGACAAAUAAAAUGUAACCAUUUAAACAAUUAAAAAUGUUUAUAUGUUUUUAUAAAAAAAAUUAUUUAUCGAAAACUUUAAUAUAUUAUUACUCCAAAUA